AUGAACGCGAACGAGACGGCGAUGCACAUGGCCGCCCGGAGCGGAAAUCAGGCGGUCCUGCUGGCCAUGGUGAACAAGAUCGGUGCGGGCGCCGUGCAGAUUGUGCAGAACAAGCAGAGCAAGAACGGAUGGUCGCCGCUGUUGGAGGCGUGCGCCCGCGGACACACCGGAGUCGCCAAUAUCCUUUUGAAGGUGAGUCGAAUUGAGUUUUAUAUGAAACAUGUGGUUUAUUAG